GGUAUUGAGGUAGUUCAACGAUGGCUCCUGAAUGAAAACAACGAUCUGUCACAUGGAUCCUCGAGUUUGUUCUCAUUAAGAUAUUUAGUGUAAAUAUAUAAAAGAAAAUGACACGCUGGGCUCGAGGUUUUAAAAAGAAACACAUUGAUGCAUCAUCUUGGGAUGAGCUUAAAGUUGAUAAAGAUGAGAGAUCGAAAGAACAAGUCAGUGGUUCCAGAAAAAUCGAUAAAAAGAGUGAUUUGAAAAAAGAAAAACAGAGAGAAGCACGUCGAAACAGAAGGAAAAUGAAAAAGGUAUGCUUUAGUUGUCGAAAACCAGGUCAUUCUAUAGCUGAGUGUCCAUCAUCAAAAGAUGAAGAUACCUCAACUGGAAUAUGCUUUAAAUGUGGUUCAACAGAACAUGCUGUUAAAGAUUGCAAAGCCAAAGUAUCAAAAGAUGUAUUCCCUUUUGCAAAGUGUUUUAUCUGUGGACAAAAUGGACACAUUUCAAAGAACUGUCCUGACAACCCACGUGGAUUGUACCCAUUAGGUGGAGGUUGUGCUUUCUGUCAGUCUGUUGAACACUUCAAAAGGGACUGCCCAGAAAACCCAGGAAACAAAAGAGUAGCUGACAAAGGAAAGUCAAAAGGAAUUGGAAAAAGACAGAAAAAUGACCUAUCUAGCGUUGAUGCAGAAACUUUUACUGAUGAAGAAAGUGAAGAUGAUUUGCAAGAAAGCAUGCUGAAAAAGAAAAAAAAAGUUGUGAAGUUUUGACUUAACUGCAGAAGCUGGGCGAUAUCUAGGCAAGGUUGCUAGAAAACUAA